AUGGGGAUGGGCGGUCGAGGUGUGGUUGGCGACAGGUGGUCGCAGCGCGUCCUCUGGAUGUGCGCCAUCGGCAGCGCCGUGAGUAAGCACCUGAACCAAACCCUAAACUAUGGCGCUCCCUUACAUUCCGUCUCCGCGUCCUCAUGGUUGUUCCGUGCCGCGAUCCGAUCUGAUGGUUGCCGCUCUGCAGGCCUGUACUUCGUGGCGGUGGAGAGGCAGGCGCAGAACCGCGCGCGGGCGGUGUCCGAGGGCUUUAAGGGCCUGGACGGCGCAGACGGAGGUGGCAGCCGUGGCGGGGAGGACGUGUGA